AGACUCAUUUUCGAACUUCUCUCGAUAAGACUGAAAAAUUACAUAACAGUGCUUCCUGAAACCAUCAAGAAGAAAAAUGUCGGUGACACUGCAUACAGAUGUAGGUGAUAUUAAAAUAGAAGUCUUCUGUGAAAGGACACCUAAAACAUGUGAAAAUUUCUUGGCUCUUUGUGCCAGUAAUUACUACAAUGGCUGUAUAUUUCAUAGAAAUAUCAAGGGUUUCAUGGUUCAAACAGGAGAUCCGACAGGUACUGGAAGAGGAGGUAACAGUAUCUGGGGCAAGAAAUUUGAGGAUGAAUACAGUGAAUAUCUUAAGCACAGUGUUAGAGGUGUUGUAUCUAUGGCUAAUAAUGGCCCCAACACCAAUGGAUCUCAGUUCUUCAUCACCUACGGCAAGCAGCCACAUUUGGACAUGAAAUACACAGUAUUUGGAAAGGUGAUAGAUGGUCUGGAGACUCUAGAUGAAUUGGAGAAGUUACCAGUAAAUGAGAAGACAUAUCGACCUCUUAAUGAUGUACACAUUAAGGACAUAACUAUUCAUGCCAACCCAUUUGCUCAGUAGCUAUAAUAGACCUGGACAAAUACUUGGCACACUAUUUGAGGAACAUACCCAUUGUGGUUUACCCAGUUUUAAUUAUGUCAGAGAUUGCAUCAUCCUUCUGCUUGUUUACAACUAAGAUCUAUGAGUUGGCAGUACCAAGGGGCUCCAAACAGCGUUUACUGCCAUUCUUAUAGCAUAUGCUUUACUAUAACCAUUAUCCAUGUAUUUCUUUAAGUUUAAAAGAAAAAACCUUCCUGUUUAAUUUUUGUUACAUAUAAACAUUAAUUUUUAAAUGCUGAGGCUCAAAUCCAGACGUUUUUGAACACCCUAAUCACAUACUCCUACCAGAUCUAGUCCACAUCCUGGAAGUAUUAUUUUCCAUUACUUAUUCACUUUGUGCAGUUAGAAAGAGGAAGGACAAGAUAAAGAGAUGGUCUAGAAAGGCCAGCCAAUCCAUUUGUUAUUUUCUCCGGUCUUUAGAUUUAUAGGAAGGGCUCAGAGGAGUCCUGGAGUACAGUAAACACUCAGAAUUCCCCAACCAAUUUGCCCAUGGAACAUUUUUCUAAAGCGUAUCUUUUAAAAUAUUGCAGGACAGAGUUUUACAGGUGAUCCAUUUGAAAAAUGCAAUUAGUUCAUUAAAAGCAGCAGUUGUCGAGUCUUGGUCUGUGUUUGCAUCACAGUUCUGCCCCCUACUAGUAACUUUGGGCACAUUAACAUCUCCAAGCUUUAGUUUUCUUUUCCAUAAAUAGUAUUUCCUCAUGAGACUAUUGUGAGGAGUAAAUGAAGUCAAGUGUGUAAAGCUUCUGGCAUGUGGUAAGUGUUCUGUAGUAAGUAAAUGGAAGCUGCUCUCCUACGUUAUCUCCACCACAGGGCUCUCACCUUAUCAGGCUCUACCACUGAUUUCAUCAAGGACCCUGUCCCACUCACUGCCUACAGAUCACCUUCAUUAGAUUUAGGGUAUUCCUGAAACUGAUACCAAACAUUUCUUGGUUUGUAUCAUUUCUGCAGGUGGCUGAUCUAAUUAAUGUUUUAAUUGUUAACUGUAGUUUGGGAGUUAGCUUGCAGCUAUCCUCGUGUUACAACCAUCUAUACCUCCCUCUAAACUGAGGUGCCAAUUAUACUAAUGCCCUCACAUUUUGUUUCACCCUUUUAAUUUAAUCAUUUAGUUUCUAGAAGUAGUAUUAAAGCCUCUUUUUGGCCA